UAACUAUUAGUUUUUUAUGAAAUAAACUAUUAGUAAGAGAGAAGAGACGUAACAAAGCUCAUAGCUUUUAUACCUUUUCAUUUAAUCCACACCACCCAUAACUCUCUUGCUCUCAGUCUCCAUUUCCAGGGAGGAGAUUAGAGCCGUGAAUUGGAGUGGAUCAUGAUCAAGCGGUCACCACGUAGAAACCCCAGAUCCAAAGGCAUCAAGUUAAAACAUGGUCUUCAGAUUUGUUUGUUGCUUGGUGUCUGCUUCUGGCUGAUCUACCAAGUCAAGCGUUCCCAUGACAAGAAGAAGGAGCUUGAUGAGAAAGAUGCAAAUCUCUCUCUCAGUGCACAGCAUCAUGAUGAGCUUCCAAAACUUGGGAGGAAAGACCUCCAUCCUGAUUUGCAAGACAAGACCAGGAGUGAGAAACCCGAGGAAGAAGAGGAAGAAGACACUGGAGUAGACGAGGAAGCAAAUAAGAAGGAAGAAAAGGGGCAUGAAAAGGAGAAAGAAGAAGAAACCAAGCAUGAAGAAGAAGAGGGGGGGGCUAAGGAUGAAGAGGUGGAAAGGGAAGAACAUAUUCAUGAAGAGGAAGAGAGAGAAGGAGAAGGAACUAAUCAUUUAGACAAAGAAAGAGAAGAAGAAAUCAGGCAUGAAGAAGAGGAGCAAACUGAAGAAGCAGAGAGUGAAGAAACCGAAGACAAGGGCAGACAAGGUGGAGAUGAUGAAGUAGAUGAACGUGAUCAAGAGAAAAUAGAAGGAGAAGCUGACCGUGAUGAGGAAUUUAUGGAUGAAGAGAAAGAGAGAGAGGAUGAAGGUGAGGAAACAGAAAGUCAAGGUAAUGAAGGUAAUGAAGGUGAAGAUAAUGAAGGCGAGGAAAAGGAAAGUCAAGGUAAUGAAGAUGAGGACAAGGAAGUUCAAGCAGGCAAUGAAACUCAAUCAGAAGAUCAGGAUCAUGAUGGAGGAGGUAAGAACUCCCAUGAGGCCCGAGAGGAACAUUACAAGGCAGAUGAUGCUUCCAGUGCAGUGACUCAUGACAUGAACUCCCAUGAGGCCCGAGAGGAACAUUACAAGGCAGACGAUGCUUCCAGUGCAGUUACUCAUGACACCCAAAUUAUAAGCACUGAACCAGAGAAAGAAGGUUUGGAGAAAUCAAAUGAGAACUUGGCAGCAAAUGAUUUGCAACAAGAUAAGUAUUCCAUUAGUGGUAACCCCUUGGAUGUUAAUGAGGAUAAAAUUAACUCAACAUCUCAGCUGGAACAAACUGAAAAUGGCCAUCCUUUGAAUGUAACAACUGGUGAAAAGCAAAAUGACGAGAUCACUCUGACCAAGUCUGAGGAUGAGUCGCCUAACAACACAACGGUUACAGUGCUGUCCAAUGAUCAAUUAGUACCAAGCAAUAAGUCAAUGGAAGUGAGUUCAGAAGCAGGCAAUAACCAGGCUGGUGCAAACCUUGAAGUUUCUGGUUCAUCCCAGCAGAAUGGAACGUGGAAUGCCUCAGACUCAAAUCAAAUUCGAAAUGCAACGAUUGAUGAUCGAGUUACUGGAGAUGUGUCCAACAUUCAAACCACUCAAUUGGAACAGGUUAAUAAUGGCAUGGUUUACAAUAGCAUUGACUCCUCAAACUCUUCUAGUAAUUCGGAUUCUGGUGUAUCAGAUAAGAUCAUUAAGCCUGAAUUAACAGUUGCAGAAGAUGUGAAUUCUGGGUUGUCUUCCGGAACAAAUGAGUCUACAGAAGCUACUCAUGAUGAGAGCUCAGACACCAAAAAUGAAUCAGGUGGAAUAGAUGAAAACACCAAUUCUUCUAAUAUGAAGGAGGAUGAAGAUGCAAUCCUGCACGACCCUAUUGAUUCUUCAAUUGGCCAAGAUGAGAGAGAGGCUCGCAUAGAUCUAGGUACACUGCCAGAGACUGGUACAGGAGGGGUUAACAGUGGAAAUGCUGCAGAAGAAUGAGAUUCUUAUCAAAUGCUCCUGUGCAUGUGAGUGAUGUAAAGUUUUAGUUACCUUUUCACUCUGUUUCGAUACACGCAUGGAGUGUUCUAGUAUGUUUCCAUUUGGCCAUGAAACAUUUAUCAGUGUUUAGAGAGUACAGCUUUAGAUUUUCAAGCAACAGUAAAAUAUAGGCGGGUUGCAAUUGCGGAUGGGUUUAAUUGUAUAAUUUAUAUCAGCUUACGAUGUGAUGCCUUUUUUUUUAUCCUUUUAGGUCUUCAUUAAGCUUUUCUCUUCAGAUCUUUACCUAAUGUAUGAAUGGUUUGGUGAUUUGAGUUGGGACCAAAAUCAGACUGUUCUAGUGAAAGUAUGUUUUAUUCUGAA